AUGAAACACAUUAUCACGUUGUCUAUCUUGUGUUCCGCCGCCCAUUCUGCAUUCACCAACAUUUCAAUUACGUUCCAAUCCACGUUGAGUCAAGAUAUCACUCCCGCUCCACAAUAUCCUACGGCCACGGCGGGAGCCACCACGGUAACCGUAAUCCCAACACAAGUCGUCAUCGGAGAUGCAACUCUGACACGCAAUGCUCCCGGCACACUCAUCGCCGGCACGCCCGUCUCCUUCGGCUCCACCGCCCUGGUCAUCGGUACCACCACCAUGCCGUUCGCUACCUCCGGUGUAGCUCCGAUUUACACCGUCGCUGGCCAGGUCAUUGCCGCUGGACCUGCAGGCGUAGCCAUUGCAGGCACCACAACCUCCAACAAUGGGCCAGCGGUGACGGUUUCCGGGACGCCAGUAUCGCUAGGCUCGUUCGGGUUGGUAGUCAAUGCCGCGAGCACGUUCACGAUACCGACAGUUCAGCCUUUGCAGUCUGUCUUUGCUGUUGGCGGCCAGUCGGUGACGGAACAGUAUGGGCGGAUCAUUUUUCCGAGCACUCAGGCUGUUGCAAAUACAUCUACCGCCGCGACCGGAACAGCAGCGGGACCAAUGCCGACCGGUAGCACCCAGUCAUUCGUGGGGGCUGCAGUGAAAGCAAGAAACAAUUUCAAAACGGCAGUGGUAGUGCUCUGCGCUUUUGUCCUCGUCGUCCCAUGGGGAUAA